AUGUCCACCCCAAACUUGGCAUCUCCGGACGCUCGUCCUGAGGCCUCCUCGCCUCCCCUGCCCUCUGGCUGGAUAGCCAACUGGAGCCCCGAACACAAUUCAUGGUACUACGUCUUCACCGCUACCGGCGUGACGCAAUGGGAGUACCCGAGUGCUCCAUCAGAUCAACCACAAUACUCGCCCGCCCCCGACCACCAGAGCCAGCCCCCGUACGACACCGCGGCCGAUACACCAGUUCAGGAUGGAGAUCGUGGCUUGGGGAAAGUUGCACUUGCCAUGGGCGGCGGUUACCUGCUUGGGCACGGGCACAAACAUCAACAGCAUCAACAGCACCAACAGCAUGGGCUGGGCAAGAUGACGCAGUCAAUGGCAAUGGCCGGUGCGGGUGCGAUUGGUGCCAAAAUAUUCGGGUUAUUCGGGAACAAGCAGCAACAGCAGCACCAACCAUCACCACCGCCACAACCGCAAGUACAUGUUUAUCCGGUAUACGUACCAGGCCCCCAAGCAGCCCCCUCACCCGGACCUCCGUCGUAUUACGGACAGCCUCCGCCCGCAGGGCAGAACUUGGGCCACUACGGCCACACUCCGGAUAUGACACCGCCUGCCCAACCCUAUCAUCACGGGGGGAUCCAAUCUCCAGCUACCGGUGGCAUGGGCGCCUUUACGCCUCAGAAUGGACCACCGCUACACAUAUACGGCGCUGUGUUUGCAGACAGGGACGUCACGCAGAUAGUCAAGAGUCUUGUCACCCCUCAGCAGACACUGACACUAUCCGGGGACACACUGGCCGAGAAACUUGGGGAUCCAUGGCCUGAAGCAGAACGAAAAAUGUUCAACGUCUUGUAUUCGUACGGUGAUCGACCUAUGGAGCUUAUCGCAGCUGACACGACCACGGCCAACAUCGAAAUCAAGCACGAGGCUAUAUCGAGAAAACGUAUGGAAUUCUGUCAACCUCCUCCAUCCCGGAUUAUUGCCUGCGUAUGGGGUUAUGAGAAUCCUUUGACCCGAGGAUCCAGCAGCUGGAAAAAGACGGCGAGAUGGAAGGUUCAAAACAGACUCUCGGCCGAGGCGGAUUCUGGGAUUGGGAACCAAGAACGCUGGUCUGCUAUUACAGGACAGAGACUGGAGCUGUCGGGAUCGUCUAUUGUAGAGAGGGUGGCACGAUACGCCUUCCGUGGAACCCUCUUGCGAAGUGGUCGUGAUCGAGCAUGCACUCCGUGA